AUGCUCGAUGAAGACAUAGACGCUGAAACUAGAAAAUUGUUCUUCUCAAACAAAGCAAAAUCAUGAAAAAAAUCAAAACUUUGCAAAUUAAAAAAUGUUCUUCUCGAUAAUCUUGGAAUAGUAUUCAAACCUUUAUAUGACAAUAAAACCAGACAGCGAAGCCAAUAUUUAGUUGAAAUUAUAAUAAAUACUAUUAACUGCUUCCAAAUUCUUUCAUUUACUUGGUACCCUAAUAUGCAUACAUUAAAAUGGCGACGGCGAUCCAGCCCUUUUUCUCAACACCUGUAGCCUGCGUUCGCAAGGGAUCUUGUGGAAGGGAGAAAUGCGCUUGGAAUAUGUAUCUGGCUAGGUUUUACCUUGGCGCAGUAGAGCGCAACGUCGGAUUAGGCCGACCGCAGCUCAUUCUGACACCAAGGGUUUUGCCUCAGGGGAAAUGGUUUCAAAGGUUGGAAAGGGGAAGCUCAGUAGCAUCAGGAAGGUACCUCCUGAUCAAUCGUAAACUCCCUAGCGUGAAACUGGGCGUUACGUCCCAGGCUUUGGAUUUCCAUCUUACAGACAGUCCUACUAGAAAAUUUGUUUUUCAAAUUUUCAGAAUGGAAACCUCUGUUGACGUACUAGGAGCAACAUCUUGAAGGUCGUGAUCGAUUGGUGGUGAGCAACCGGGUGAAGCGUGAAGUGUGAAGUUAGGGCAGGGAACCCUAGUCAAUACGACAGGCCUCUCUAUAAUAUUAGUUAAUGUUAAUGUUAAUGGUACCCUAAUAUGCCUAUGGUCCGACUCAACUGAGACCCCGGACCCCCACCCCCCAUCACCCUACUCCCACAUACAGUCACUGGGAUAUUAGCAAAAAGAGUAGCAAAUUAUGAGAAUUAUAUCAAAAUAUAUGCAUCAAAAAAAGUUAAAGCAUUUAAUAAAUUAUAAAAAAUAUAAUAAUUUAUGAAUUCCGCAUAUAGUCUCCAUAUAAGAUUCCUUUAUUUAAUACGUCAGAUGAAAUAUUAUUAUGUGGAGCAGGCUACCUCUUUUUUAAUUUAUUCAUGAUACACAUUCUACCUUUUGUUUAUAAAAUCAAUUUAAUGUUAUAUAGCUUUGGAUAUGCACUUCAUAAGGAGUGCACUCUAUGGAAAGCACUUUUCUACUGCUUUUAUACUUUUUUGAAUUCUUUGGCGAUUCUGGAUGGAUUCUCUUGCAUCCUACUUCCGAAAUUCAUACUUCUUCUGUCUUAUGUUGACCAUUUAUAUGCCAUUCAGUCUAAAAGCAUAUUAUUAAUAUUCAUUUACUUCGGUUUUAAUAUAAUUUCUCUCCACCUUAACUUUAAUUACAUGAAAUCUUUAAAGAUUAAUACACAAUUUAAAUAAAAUAUACUUCUUUAUUUGCAGCUUUCUCUAACUUUUAGGCAAAAAAUUGUAAUAAAAAAUAAGAGAAAAAACUUUCAUUCAUAUUAAAUACCUUAUCUAAUGUCAAUAAUUAUCUAAUUCAAAGCAUUUUUUCAGAAGCUAUGCUUAAAUAAAUAUUUACACAUUCUGCUUGGUACUAAAGAAAAUUUAUAUCUAUCAACUAUUUUUAAUAAUGAAGAUAUCAGAUACCCUAACUAUAUUUAUAUGUAACAGUUCUAUUCUUUAAAAUUAAUGAUAGAUUUGGCUUAGAAUUUGCAUUUAUAUGCUUGCUAUGCGAAUAUUCAUAGUCUUAAUUAUACAUGAUAUGCAAGGGGGGGUCCGGGGGUCCCGGUUGUGCUUGACCAUGCCUAUUUCAAACUGGAAUCACAAUUUUUUGGUUUGAAAAGUUUUAAGUUACUUUAGUAUUGAUAAUAUGUGCUCUGAGAUGAGUGUUGUCAAUGCUUGCUAUUAUGGAGCUUUAUCAUAUUUAGGUCUAUGCUUGCUAGGCUUUAUAGCAGUUUGCGUUUUAAGCUAUUUGAAAAGAAAUAUCCCUGAUUUUUUUAUUUAUUUAAUAUCAAACUCAUGAAGCUUUUUUGCAACAAUUGGAUUUUUGCCAUCAUUUGUGCUAUUUCUUUGUAUAUGGAAAUACUCAACAUUUUCUUACACAAAUGGAACAGAAUUCUCUCAAAUGAAUAUAAACGAUUGGAAUUUUGGUACUCCGGGAGCAGUAAUAAGUAUAAUUGGAGUAUUAGUAUUAGCUAGUGGAUCGCUAGUGUAUGAAUGAUUUACUGCUGAUAUCUGUCAUUAUCAUGCCACAAAAAAUCUAAUUUCGAAAUCAAACUCUCACGGCGGAGUCAAUAUUUUAUUUUUUAAAAUGCUAAUUGGCUUGAUGUAUUUAUUUCUUGGAUAUCUUGAUAUUGUAUGAUAUGAAACUUGUAUAAUCAUAGUAUGUGCUGCUCAAGGCUACUCAAUGUUUAAAAUAAACAGCUAUUAUAACCCCAUAAUGAAUUCAAUCAAGAUUUCAAGAUCUCUUACAACAUGCCUGUGAACUCUAAGUUUCAUACUAGGGCAUUGACUAGAUGACGCAUAUGUUAUCAUAUUUUUAAACAUUUGUUUUGUACCCACCAUUUUUGCACUUUCUGUUUACAUCUUGAGCCAUAGAUCGGAAGCUAAAUUAAAGGAUUUGGGGUCUCUUAAAAACCAAUACGAGUUUGAACUACAAUAUAGGCAUCUGCUUGUCAAUAAGAAUGAAAAAGACUGUGAAAAGGUAUUAGACCUUUUUAUUAAGGCGAAUAAAAUCUCAAUGUUUGUGAAAGACAAAUUAAUGGUUGCCUGAGAAGUCAAUUAUUGCAUUUGAAAUAUGAAAAACAUAAGACUUGCGAAAAUAAAGUUUGUGAAAAUGAAAGAAACGAAAAGCAGCAUUGAAGGAGAUAUUCAAGAAUGAAGAAUAAUGAAAAUUAUGGAUAAAUAUCAAGAUAAUUUAUCAAUAUUUUCUUAUCUGAUUGAGCUAGAUCGAGCUGUGAAAAAAGAUGAAAAAUUAUGCAACUUACUAAUAAUGAUGUGGAAUGAAAUAAUUGCUAAAUCCCCCAAACUGGAAAGGCUAGAAAAAUUGUCACACAAAAUCCCAGGUGUAAUCCUAAAUACAAAAAAACAAUAUGAAGUUUUAAUUGAUAUGAAAAAUUCUAACGUUCUAGAAAAAUAUGGAACUUUAUUAAACAACAUUCUCUGCGAUUAUGAGAAAGGAAACACAAUUUUAACGAAAAUGAAAAUAGUCCAAAAAGCAGAAAAACAUCACGCAGUUUAUGACUGAGAUAAAGGAAGUAUACUAAUUUCAGCAAAUAGCAAUGAUUUUGGGAAAAUAGUGAUAAUUAAUGACAAAGCUGCAGAAAUAUUGAAAGACUCGAAAUUUGAUAUAAUUGGAAGUGAUUUUACUGACUAUGUUCCUCCUCCUUUUCAAUACGGGCACGCAGAGGUUGCUAAAGCUUAUAUAGAAAACUGUAAAUGUCCUGAUGUUACAAAGCCUGCAAACUUGUGGGUUUUAGAUUUAGAGGGGUUUAUAAAAGAAUGUGAACUCUCUAUAAGCUUAACUACAUAUUUAUCUCAUAUGUAUUUUGUUGUAUCAAUAAAUCUUCUUCUUUCAACAAGGCAAGUGGCCCUUAUUUCUGAAGAUGGGUGCAUAUAUUGUCACAGCUAUUUAUUUCCAUCAUAUAUAGGAGUUCAUCGAAGAAUGGUGAAGCAUGAAUAUAUCCAAGAUCUCCUUCCAAGCUUAAAUUUCCCUCAUAUAACUCCUUUUCAGCCGGUCUCAUUGAAUUUCUCAGGACAUGAAUUAAUUGUGGUAUAUUGUACUGAAAAGAUAAAAGCACGAACUAUUAAUUUUAUAUUAGUUGUAAGAGAUCAGAAAGAAAUAACGUCAUGAAUGGAAGGAGAAGGUGUUCUUCAAAGUGAAACUAUUAUUAAUAUAAUGAAUUCAAGCAUCGCAAAUGAAAUUAACUUCCAACUACUAGCUGCUGAGAAUGAAAAAGUAAAAUUUUCUUUUGAGGAUGACAAUGAGCAGGCAGCGAACCAAACUGUAGAAGAAUUGCUACCAACACAUAGCGGAGAUAAGAAAUUAAAAGAUGAUAAGCCAAUAGAUAGUUCUUCUGCACAAAAUAGCUCUUCUCAAGGCAAUCAAAGUAUUUUCUAAUUAGAUAGAGGAAAGGUAAUUAUAAAUCAAUUAGAGAGAACCUUGAAGCAAUUCAAAAUCAUUUUAAUUCUCACUGUAUCUGAUAUUUAGAUCGCUGCUAUGGUUGCAAUGAAUAUUGCAAUUUUUAUAUACAUUUAUGAUGCAGUUUCGCAUUCUUUAUCAGUAACUGUAUUUGAUCAUCUUGGAGUAAUAUUUUUCCGAUUUAUCUCUGUGGCAGGAUAUGCGAGGGUUGUUGAUUACAGCAUAUUUAUGAAUUCAAGUAUCGAAAAGAACAUAAACAUCUUUAAUCGGGCUACAAAUGAUUUAGAUUCCAUUGAAGAUUCUAUUUUAUCUGACUAUGAAUGGUGGAGUUAUUGCAAAGGUUCUGAAAUUGUCAAUGAAAAUUUAUUAAAUGUGUGAAAUUUUGAGAAUGAGCCAAAGCAAAAUAAAAUGAAUUUAAAUGACGCUACUAAUUUAUAUUUGACAAAUGUAGGCUCUAUUUAGGCCAGAUUAUUUUCAAAGAAUGCUGCAAAUUCAGUAGACUAUAAAAAGCAAUUAAUGUUUUUAUUUGCAAAUGGUUUAGGAGAUAUGGUUAUGCAAACCAAUUCAUCAUUAUCUGAUCUUGUGGAUUGCGAAAUCAACAGAAUCAGCCAGAUUUCAAAUUCAAUUGUCAUUUACUUGUUUAUAGGUAUUUCUAUCCUCGGGCUCUGCGCGAUUGGCUUAGCAGGAGGUAUUUGGUUUAUUAAUAAAAAAUAUAAUGAUAUCUGAAAUUUUAUCAGGACAAUUACAAGUGCUUCAUAUUUUGACUUAAAAAGCACCUGUAUAGAUCGCCUUCUAUUAGCUCAUGGAGUUGAUUAUUUUUCAGAGUCUGAUUUCCCAAAAAAGGCUUUUCAAGAGCCAUUGAAGUUCAAAGUAUAUUGAAAAUACCUCAAAUGGCUAUCUGUUUUCUUUGUGACUUCUACAAUUUAUUACAUUAUAGUCCAUGCUUUUCUUUAUUCACGAUGUGAGUCACUCCUGAAAAAUCGCCCUAUAGAACUUACAAACUAUAUUCAGCGGCGAGUAUCUUUGUCAAAAAUAGAGCUUUGGUCCAGAGAAGUAGAAUUGGAAAAUACAUCAAUAAGCAUCCAAAAUUUAUUUCCAACAUCCUUUGACUUUAAAGACCCUUCUAAGGAGCGAGAUGAGGCCUUAACUUUUUUGAAGUAUACAAGCUGGGUUUUAGAAGUCAAUAUCCCUACUAUGUAUAAAAGUAUGAAAGAGCUAGUUUUUGUUGAUGGAAAUUCUUCAACUUAUUAUACCCAAUAUGGGAAUUACGCAGCAAUUAAUAUAUUUGCAUUUGAUGGGUUAGCACUUCAAUAUAACACUGAUUUGGAGUCCAAUAUGGUUUGAACAGACAAUUUGAUAUCGCUUAAAAUAUCAUUGCAAAACAACUAUCAAAUUAUAAACGAAAACUCCAAAAAGGUCAUUACAGAUGAGAGAAAUCUAAUUUCCUAUUCAGUUGUCGUUUAUUCGAUUUUCACUGUUUUUUUGUAUUUUUUAUUCUAUUUGCCGAUAUUAUCAAGAGAAACAAAAAAUUUAGAAAGAUUCCAAACCAUUGUUUCACUUAUACCAGAUGCAUCUAAAGCAAAAAGACGAAAAGAUACUUAA